AUGUCUCACGAGCCUAAGCCCGAAGUUGAGCAUGCCGCAGAGGUCGAGGUAUCGGCCGAUGUGGCGGGCUGGGUUGGCCUCGCCGAGGAUGCUCGAAAUGCGACGACCGAAGAGCAUAAUAUGACGAUCAUGAAAGCAGUCAAGAUGUACCCUAAGGCCUGUCUGUGGUCCAUGGUUGUGUCGCUGGUCGUGAUCAUGGAUGGAUACGACACGGCAUUAAUGGGCUCUUUCUUCGGUUUUCCCUCCCUUUCAAAAGCAAUUCGGCAUACCUCCAAAUGGCAAACUGCGCUCGGUCUCGCCAGCCCCCUUGGGAAUAUUGUUGGCAUUUACAUCAACGCGAUGGUCACUGAGCGAUGGGGUCAUAAGAAAGCUGUCCUGGGAAGUCUUGUAUUCCUCACUGGCGUCCUCUUCAUACCCUUUUUCUCCAAGACGGUCGAGGUACUCUUUGCGGGCCAACUACUCUGUGGCAUAGCGUGGGGCGUUUUUACCACUUUGGCGCCCGCCUAUGCCUCCGAGGUUGCUCCGGUUGCCCUUCGUGCCUAUCUGGAAACAUUCGUCGUUCUGUGUUGGGGAAUCGGCCAGUUGAUUUCAUACGCGCUGAUUUACACUCAAACUCACCGCACAGACGAAUGGAGCUGGCGAAUUCCUUUGGGUGUUCAGUGGGCUUGGGUAGUCAUCAUUAUUCCGCUCAUUCUCUUUGCACCCGAGUCUCCCUGGUGGCUGGUACGCCAUGGGCGUAUAGCCGAGGCCGAAAAAUCGGUCAAGAGGCUUUCUUCACGGUCGGCCAAUUAUGAGACUCAUGUGAAACAAGCCGUUGCAUUGAUGGUCGAGACCACGAACAUUGAGAAAGCCAUGACAGAAGGAGCUUCCUUUAUUGACUGUUUUCGAGGAUCAAACCUGUGGCGCACCGAGAUUAGUUGCCUUAUCUGGGCUUCCCAAGCUCUAUGCGGGUUCGCCAUCAGCAACUAUGCCACCUACUUCUACGAACAGGCCGGACUGCCCACUACGAAUGCAUACAAGAUGACUGUCGGACAAGGUGGGAUCCAUUUUGCGUGCAAUCUCCUCUCUGUGCUUGUUACCAAUCGUUUCGGCCGACGCGCUAUUGCUCUGACUGGAUAUGCCGGCAUGACCUUUGCAAUGCUCCUCCUCGGCUUCCUCGCCCUUGCCCACCAAACUACAGGGCUUGGUUAUGGUCAGGCAGUCAUGUUCUUGGUCUGGUAUUGCACCUACCAGCUCACUAUCGGACCCACCGCGUUCAUUGUUGUCGGAGAAAUCUCUUCGACUCGACUGCGCUCCAAGACUAUCUCUCUUGCACGAAAUGCCUAUAACGUAGCCAACAUUUUCAGUGCCACCGUAGCACCAUACACCCUCAACCCAACAGAAGGAAAUCUAAAGGGCAAAGCCGGUUUUUUGGCUGCAGCAUUUUCUCUCCUGUGUCUGUUAUGGGGCUACUUCCGUAUUCCUGAAAGCAAAGGUCGGACCUACGAGGAGUUGGAUAUUUUGUUCUCGAGGAAUUUGAAGGCUCGCGAAUUCAAGAACGCGUCUGUGGAUGAAGUGGAUGUCAAUCAAGUUGUCAAGCAGGCCAAUUGA